AUGUUCGGGAAACGAGAUAAGAUUUCUUCGGUGAUAUUAGCAGCAGUGAAUUUGCGAAUUUUAUUUAAAGUAAGCUAUUUUUUAUGGAUAAAAUUAUUGGCACCAAAUUUAGGUUUAAGUAUAGAUUUGACAAGUCAAGGUAAAUGGGCAGUUAUCACGGGAGCAACCGAUGGUAUUGGCAAAGCAUAUGCCAAAGCAUUAGCUGCUAAAGGACUUGAUAUCGUCUUAAUAUCAAGAUCAUUAAUAAAACUAAGAAACGUCGAAUCUGAAAUAAAAGAGAAGUAUGGGGUGGAAACUCGUAUCAUUGAGGCUGAUCUAACUAAAGGUCAAGAGGUGUAUUCAAAAAUAGCUGCAGUUAUUGAAGAACUCGAAGUUGGUAUUUUAAUUAAUAAUGCUGGAAUGGCUUACGAUUAUCCAGAAUUGAUGACAGAAAUGCCAGAAGAAACGUUGAAUAAAAUAUUGCAAAUUAACGUUGCUGGUCUUACCGGUGUAACAAGGGUAAUUCUACCAGGCAUGAUAAAACGAAAGAAGGGUAUUGUUAUUAAUAUAAGCUCAUUAUUGGGUGAGGUUAUAAGUCCAUAUUUAACAGUCUAUGCUGCAAGCAAAGCUUAUGUCAUUAAAUUCAGUGCCGAUUUAGCUAAUGAAUUAUCUUCGAGUGGUAUUACCGUGCAAUGUAUCAUUCCUGGACCAGUUGCUACCAAGAUGUUGAAAAUAAGAACAACAAAUUGGAUGAUACCGAGUACUGAUGACUUCGUAAAAUCUUCCUUGAAAACUGUAGGAAUCGAAUCAUUAACAACUGGAUACUUUUCUCAUCAUUUAUUUUAUGUAUUUGCGAACACUGUCGCAUACGUUUAUGAGAAAGGUGCAAUACAACUCACACGUCGGAUUAUGUUGUAA